AUAGAGGUGCAAGUGCAAAUAUCAUUUUGCGUGCUUUUCCUUCCUACCAAGUUUCCAGAUCAAAGUAACAAAAAUGAAGGUAUUUUCUAUUGCUAUGUGGGUUCUGACAGUGAUACUAGCUUUGGUUCCUAUAUGGGCAUGGCGGAUGCUGAACUCGUUGUGGCUUAGGCCAAAGAGGUUGGAAAGGGUUCUAAGAGCGCAAGGUCUUCAAGGCGAUACAUACAAGCUUUUCGUUGAUAACACCAAGCAAUUCUAUAUGCUGAAGAUGCAACAAGAAGCCAAAUCCAAAUCCAUUGGUCUCUCAAAUAUUGAUGUUGCACCACAGGUUUUCUCGCCUGUUCAUCAAACUGUCAGCAAAUACGGCAAGAAUUCUUUUUUAUGGGAAGGUACAACACCAAAGGUGAUCAUCACGGACCCAACGCAAACCAAACAAGUCUUUAACAAUAUGCAGGACUUCACGAAACCCGAGUUAAAUCCUUUUGUAAGGUUUUUCAGCACCGGCUUAACACAAUAUGAGGGUGAGAAAUGGGCUAAACAUCGAAAGAUUAUCAACCCAGCAUUUCAGUUGGAAAAAUUGAAAAAUAUGCUACCAGCAUUUUCUCAAAGCUGCAAUGAUAUGAUUAGCAAAUGGAAGGGAACGUUGUCAUCAGAUGGAACAAGUGAGAUUGAUGUUUGGCCUUUCCUUCAAAAUUUGACUUGUGAUGUAAUUUCUAGAGCAGCAUUUGGAAGCAGCUAUGCAGAAGGAACAAAAAUAUUUCAACUUCUGAAAAGGCAGGGAUAUCUUUUAAUGACAGCUAAGCAUACGCACAUUCCAAUGUGGUGGCUUCUACCAACAACCACCAAUAGGAGGAUGAAGGAAAUUGAAAGUGAUAUACGUGAUUCUCUUGAGGCUAUCAUUAAAAAACGAGAGAAAGCUACGAUGAAUGGCGAAACCACCACCAGUGAUGAUUUAUUAGGCCUACUUUUGGAAUCAAAUCAAUUUGAAAACCAAGGACGUGAAAACGGUAAGACUCUUGGAAUGACCAGACAAGAAGUAAUUGAGGAAUGCAGGCUAUUCUACCUCGCGGGCCAAGAGACCACUUCAGAUUUGCUGGUUUGGACAAUGGUGUUAUUGGGUAAAUAUCCUGAAUGGCAAGCACGUGCAAGGCAAGAAGUUUUGCAAGUUUUUGGCAACCAAAAUCCAAACUUUGAUGGGUUAAGUCGCCUUAAAAUUGUUAUCAUGAUUUUAUAUGAGGUUCUUAGGUUAUACCCACCUACAGUUUACUUCAAUCGAGCUCUUCAAAAGGCUGUGAAACUUGGAAACUUGUCACUACCCGCUGGAGUACUUGUUUCCUUACCAAUACUUUUGAUUCACCAGGAUCAUGAUAUCUGGGGUGAUGAUGCAAAGGAGUUCAAACCUGAAAGGUUCUCUGAAGGAAUUGCAAAGGCAACUAAAGGCCAAGUUUCGUUUUUUCCAUUUGGAUGGGGUCCUAGAAUAUGCAUUGGGCAAAACUUUGCCUUAUUGGAAGCCAAGAUAGUAUUGUCAUUGCUUCUGCAAAACUUCUCAUUUGAGCUUUCUCCAGCCUAUGCUCAUGUUCCUACCACUCUGCUUUCUUUGCAGCCAAAACAUGGGGCACAUAUCAUUUUACGUAAAUUGUAAUAUCAAUCAUAUCUAGCACUUGGAUUGGAUUGAAAACUAUUUUUUAAGAUCCAGUAAUGCUUGUACGUUCACAAUUAGCUACUAUUUGCCUCAAUCAAUAAAUACAUUUCGU